AAUAACCAUAACCUCUUUUUUUGAUAACAUAAAAUUGAAAUAAAUUUAAUAUUAAAAUACAGUUAAUUUUAAAUAAAUUGUUGUGAAACCACCGUGAAGAUUACAUUUUGUGAUAUGCUUGUUAAUUUAUUUUAGGAACAUUUUCUUCAAAAUUAAGAAGUGUAAACGUAGCAGAAAUGGCAUCAGAUGAAAAGAAAAAUAAACAUGGUCAAUUGAAGACAAUAAUUCCUUUACCCAUGCCAAAAGAAGAGCUGCAGGAAUUAGUAGAAGUGACUAAAGAUUGGGCUUUGAUGCAUGGAGCUGCAAUGAGAAGUAAAAGUAAUUUUUGUGAAGAUUCAUUAAAUUUUGCACCCUUUGUUCUUCUACCAUCACCAUUUCCAAGAAAAGAGUUCAAUAGAGCAGUUGAAAUGCAAAUUAUUCUAAAUGAAUUAAUGCAUAAAGUUGCUCAUAAUCAAAGCUUUUUAACUAGUAGCUUACAAGAAACAGUUCUCGUUGAUGAUUUUACUGGCAAAUUAUUUAAAAUUUAUGAGACUAUACAGGAUGAAGGAGUAACUCAACCUUUGUCUUUGGGUUUAAUCCGCUCGGAUAUUAUGUUAGAAACUGACUGCAAUAACCCUGGAAAGAAAUGCAAAGCACAUGCCCCUUACUGUUGUUGGAAGCAAGUGGAAGUAAAUACAAUAGCUUCAGGUUUUGGUUGGCUAGGACCAGCCUCAGGUCUUAUUCAUAGAUUUGUUCUCGAAAGACUAGGAUUAACUGAUAAAUUAAAAGAUCUUCCAGAAAAUCAUGCUCUUAAAGGGCUUUGUGAAGGGAUGGUUGAAGCGUGGAAAAUAUAUGGUAAUAAUGAAGCUGUCAUAAUGUUCGUGAUUGAAGACAUUUCAUAUAAUAUUUGUGAUCAAAGAUUUCAUGAAUUUGAAAUUCAAAAGAUUAAUCGAAAUACAAAAGUUAUUAGAAGAAAUUUGACGCAAAUAGCUCAAACAGGGAAACUGUCUGCAAGUAAUGAACUGAUUGUUGAAGACUAUACAGUUGCAGUGGUAUAUUAUAGAGCCGGUUAUGAACCAGGUCAUUAUCAUUCUCAAAAGGAAUGGGAUGCACGAUUGCUAAUUGAAAGAUCACAAGCCAUAAAGUGUCCUUCAAUACAAUACCAUUUGGCAGGAACAAAGAAAGUCCAACAAGCACUGGCGAAAAGUGGCGCAUUAGAAAUGUUUUUAAGCGAUAAAAAGAAAAUUGAAGAAGUAAGAGGUGUGUUUACAGGCUUAUACAGUUUAGACUUUGAUGAACUAGGAGAUCAAGCUGUUCGGAUGGCUAUUGAAAGUCCAGAAAGAUUCGUGUUAAAACCGCAACGAGAAGGGGGAGGUAAUAAUAUUUAUGGUGAUCAAAUAAGAGAUGCAAUACUGAAGAUUAAGGAAAACAAAGAACGUGCUGCAUGGAUUUUAAUGGAUAGAAUUCAACCACCAAUUAUACAGGGAUACAUAGUUAGACCUGGAGGACAAAAAAACUUAGAAGUUUCAGAAUUGGUGUCAGAGUUAGGAAUUUUUGGGUUAAUAAUUGGUGAUUCAACAAACAUAAUGAUUAAUCGCCAAGUAGGGCAUAUGUUAAGGACAAAAACAGCAAGUGCUAAUGAAGCAGGUGUUGCUGCAGGUGCAGGUGCUUUAGAUAGUCCCUAUUUGGUUGACUAAUGAUACUUUUCUAUUGUAUUUUAAAAUGGAAUAAAUAUUAGUAAUAUUAGUAAACUGGAGAAGUUUGUAUAUCAAAUGUUAUUCUUCUAAACAUGUCCAUUUUUUCGAUAAAACUUUGCUUAAAAGAUA